AUGGCCUCCAAAAACAAUACAAACCCUGUGUCCUCAAAUUCACGCAAAAAAUUAAAUGCUUUUCGGUUCCAAGACGACGAGGUGGCUUCGAACAAAACAUCCUCAAAACAUGGGACUAAAAAGGUCCAUCGCAACAAGGAGAACCAAAGCUCGUGGUUAAAUGGAGUGGUGGAACCGAUGCCCAAAUCAGCUGAUGAAUUAGACAAGAAGGAAAAGGUCGAGCCAGUCGGUCAACCGGUAACAGAAGCCCCUGCGACGGAUUCCAAACCAGCCAAAGAUUGUCCUCACACUCCCGGAAACCGCAUACCUCUUGCAGACCUUAUCAGCAAUGCUGAAGACUCUCUCAACCCCGCUCCAGGCCCAGAAGUGACGCCAGUUGACCACGUUAUCUGGCAACACAUCCCGGCUAGUUCGAAUCCUGAUUCAUCGCAAACCCCAGCAGGUCGCAGGAGGAAGCGACGCCACAGUUCCUCGCCUCCCGGAUCUCCCUCGAAAACAAACUCGAAGAAAGCAUCGAAGGAGCCACUCGACUUGCAAUCGAUUCAAGCAAUUUUCAAGACGCCCCAGCAUGAUCUAGCGACGGAAUUGUGGAACAACUACAAGGACAAGAACAUGAUGGACAACUCUGACGAUCUUCCGCCCCCUCGACUCGCCAAUCUCCUCUCCUCCUCACCACAAACCCCGGGCUCAGGACGAACAAGUCGCGAUUCCUCAGGUUUAAGACGGUCUAUUAGUUGCGCGGCAGAAUGGCCUACUUCUCGCGCAAAGAGAAGACGAGUCAACAACCAAGACCUCAACGAGGGACGCGCAACAUUCUCACGCGCAAAUAGCAAUGUUUUGGACUCUGGAAAGGGUAAAUCUUCAAGAAUCAACUUUCUCCUUGAAAAAAUUGAAAGGAGUCUCAAACCUGCCCAGUCAGCGGACACGGGUCCACCUAAUUCCUCGCCUUUGCGCCAUCGCAUUGAUGCCGAACGUUGCCGUUCAUCCUCUCCUAUUGCAGACAGGAAGGGUGCAGUGCAUGCUGUCACUGGCAAAGAAGUUCAUUCCGCACUCGGAAUCAAUACUCGCACCAUCCCAGCGCCCAUUCUUGAAGAGUCUUCAUCUGAAUUCGGAGAUGAUGAUCUCGACCAAGAAUUCAUGGACCUGGCUGCCUCUGAGGAUCCAUUUGUUGUUGCGCCCUCGGCUAGCCGAGGCAGCAAUAAUGAAUUUGGAUCUUUGGGGUCUUCUGGUUGGUCAAAUGUUGUUGCAGAGAAACCACAAAGCCAUCAACUGCCCAUCCCUGUUAAAAACCCACCUGCGGUGCAUCACGUAGCCAAUGUCGAUUCCAAACCUGAUGACUUGGAAGAUUUUGAUGAUGACUUUGGUGAUUUUGAUGAUAUCCUUGCUGAAUGCGACAAGAAACACGCAAAUCCCAUCUUAUCUAAGCCAAAUACACAUGAACAACAGACUGAAAGGAGGCUGGACCCAUUUGCUGUUGCUCCUGUGAUCCCAGCAGACCCAGCAAUGACAAAGGGCGCCGUUGGCACGGUUGAUGAAUUCUCAGAUGAUGAAUUCGACGAUGAUUUUGAUCUGGAUGCCAUCGAACAGACUAUGAAGAAGACAGGUGCAGAUGGACCCCACAAUCUCAGAGAUCGUCAGGCUAUCAAACGGUAUUCAAUCGUGGACAUUGCUGAAGGUACAUAUGUCAAUUCGAAAGGCCGUACCCAACCUGAGCAGGUUCUGUCAGUUGAGGAUGAAAAAACCAGAGCUCGCAAGGUCAUUGUUCUGCGUGAAACUUGGUUUGACACACCGUGCAGUAAAGACUCUUUUGUUCAUUUGGUUGGAGAUUUCAAUCCCUCUGGUAUUUGCAUUGUCGACAAUACCAAUCAUAUGAUCAUUCUUCAUCCUGAUCAUCUCAUAUCAGCAACGGUCGUUGCGGAUUCAAUUGACUGUCAACGACGAGCUGUUUUACAAGAUCGCAUUAAAGCGUUUUCUCACCUUGAGCGACCCCAAGUGUUCGGAAUCAUCUUUCACGAGGUCUUUCAAGAAGCCUUGAAGGCCAACCUUUGGGAUUUAAAAUCACUCAGAUCUUUGGUAGAUGCCGUUCUUCAACGCCAUAUUGAGGAUCUGUAUGCAAUUCAAAUGAGUGUACUGGAAGCUACCGAGGACGUGAUGAGCAAGAUCCCUACUGUGCAGGCAUGGGCAGAGGUCUUUCUUCACGCUAAGCCAAAGGCCAAUUCGAUGGUGGAGGAUCGCCAUAAUACGAAACUCAACUUGAGUAUUAGGAAACUGCUCGAGGUAGAGGAACGCGUUUGGUCCCCGAUGUAUGGAUUAAAAGGUAACAUCGAUGCUACGGUCCAAGUUGUCUGCCGCAGCGAGGAAGGAGAAAGGAAUCUUGUAGUCCCACUGGAGCUUAAAACAGGGAAACGAGACACGAAUCAGGGCCACAGGGCUCAAACAGCCCUAUACACGCUCCUGCUCUCGGAUCGUUAUGAUGUCGAUGUGACAUUUGGGCUACUAUACUACUUGGAGCUCAACAAAACCUUCAGCGUUCGAGGUGUACGGCAUGAGCUGCUUCAAAUGGUUCAAUUCCGGAAUCGACUAUCAGUCUUUAUCCGAGAGAAAGUACAGCUUCCUCCGAUGCUCAAGAAGGCCCGCAUGUGCAACCGAUGCUAUGCGAAAACGCCUUGUCUGAUCUAUCAUAAGCUUUUAGAAGGUGGUGAUGGCGAGACGAGUGCCCUUGGUGAUGAUUUCGAUGCAGCUACUGGCCAUUUGACCCGGAAAGACCGCGAGUUCUUCACAAAAUGGGAUGACUUGCUAAACAAGGAGGAGGGCAAUCUGGCAAAGUUUAGACGUGAACUAUGGACUCUUCUAAGCAGUGAACGCGAGUCCCUGGGUCGUUGCUUUGGUGACGUCGUUAUCCAGCCUGAAUCGGCAUUUGAGGACAUUCACGGCUCUAGGAUCAAUCGCUUUCGUUAUACCUUUGUUAAAAAGCAAGCACCUCCCACUUUUACCUUUGCAGAGUCACAGCUUGUUGUUGGCGAGCCAGUUGUCGUCUCAGACGAAAAGGGUCACUUUGCCCUCUCCAAUGGUUACGUGCUAAGCGUGAGCAGGUCAUCUAUCACCGUUGGUAUAGAUCGCAGAUUGCUGAACACCAGAGCACGAACUGCUGGAUUCAAUCCAGUCACAAACCAAUCAUUUACAGGCAUCAUGGAGGUUGAAAAGGAUGGAAAUAUGGCUCUCGAGAACCCUCUCGAUGAACAAGUCAUCUAUCGCAUCGACAAAGACGAAUUCAGUAACGGAAUGGCCAAUAUCCGGAACAAUCUUGUGUGCAUGAUGGACAAGGAAAUCUAUCAAGCAAAACACCUUAGGCGACUCAUAAUCGAGGGACAGCCACCUGUCUUCAAGCCCUCGUCAUCUGCAUACACCAUAUCUGAUCCGGAAAGUCUCAACGUCGACCAAAGGCACGCAGUUGAGAAAGUAAUGACAGCAAAAGACUAUGCUCUCAUCCUCGGAAUGCCCGGAACGGGCAAAACAACCACCAUUGCCCAUCUGAUCAGGGCACUUGUGGCACAGGGCAAGAGCGUGCUUUUGACAUCCUACACACAUACGGCAGUAGACAACAUUCUGCUCAAGAUCCGAGACGAUGAUAUUCGCAUUCUUCGUCUUGGUGCGGCUACGAAAGUGCAUCCAGACGUACGAGACUUUGCCGAUUUGGCGGCAAACCCGAAGACCACCAUCGAGGAACUCAAAGACUCCUACGAAAAGCCUCAGGUUGUGGCAGCUACUUGCUUGGGUGUCAACCAUCAGAUAUUCAAUCAACGCAUUUUCGACUACUGUAUUGUUGAUGAAGCCUCGCAGAUCACACUUCCUGUCUGUCUUGGCCCUAUUCGCAUGGCAAGGUCGUUCAUCCUUGUUGGUGACCAUUACCAACUUCCACCGCUGGUUCAGAGCAGAGCUGCACAGGAAGGAGGUCUUGAUAUCAGCCUUUUCAAGUUGCUUUCAGACAAUCAGCCAGACUCUGUUGUUAAUUUGGAGCACCAGUAUCGUAUGUGCGAAGACGUCAUGUUGCUCUCUAACACGCUCAUCUACUCUGGUCGACUCAAAUGUGGUACACCUGAAGUUGCAGCACGUUCUCUGGCGAUCCCUAACAUCUCCGCACUCCAAAGCUUCCACUCGGAUAGUUCCGAUGUUUCUCACGGCGGCAAUCAAGAAGAACAAUGCCGCCGUUCCAGCCAUGACCGCUGCUGGUUACAAGACCUCUUGGCGCCAUCUGCGAAGACAUUACUGGUUAAUACUGAUCCUCUGGGCACGACAGCUCUUGAGACUGUGCAAGGUCAACGAGUAGUCAAUUCCGUGGAGAUCACGUUGUGCUCUCAGCUUGUCGAGGCAUUCAUCGCCUGCGGUAUCCCAGCCCGCGAUAUCGGUGUAAUAACUUUCUACCGCAGCCAGCUUGCUCUACUCCGUCAUAGUCUCCGUCGCUAUGCUCCAGACCUUGAGAUGCACACCACCGAUAAAUUUCAAGGUCGCGAUAAAGAGAUCGUGAUCCUGAGCUGCGUUCGCAGCAAUUCCGAGAACCAAGUCGGCGAGCUAAUGCGUGACUGGCGCCGUGUAAAUGUCGCAUUCACUCGUGCUCGUACAAAACUGCUUGUCAUUGGCAGCAGAUCAACUAUGCGUGAUGGCAAUGACCUUCUUCGCAAAUAUGUCGAUCUUGUUGACAGCAAAAAAUGGGUGUACAACCUGCCCCUGAAUGCUGCCGAGAAUCAUGUCUUCCAAUCUUCUGAUUUAGAUUCGUUGCCUUCACCUCAACCUGCCAAGGCACCUGGCUCAACAAAAGGCAAAAAGGAUAAUGCUGUGAACAAUGAGCCUCGGGCUCGUGAUCCGCUUAGUCCUCUUGGCUCUCGACAGUUUAAUUCUGGUCUUCGCCAGCCUGCUAAGAGAGGUUCAAAGGUGUUGAAUGGGAAUAAAGUCCUCGGGAACAGGCCAAUUCUCCAGGAUAUUGUGAAUGACUUGGCCGGUUAG